UUCCGGCGGUGCCCCUCCGCAGAAGGUGGCUGGUUACCAUGGCACCCGGGUGCCCUUCUGUUCUAGAUGCCAGAUUAGAUCUGUUCUCAUGGUGACUGUGCCUUGCUGUUCCUCACCAGCACACGUUUAACGAGCUCAGACACCGUGUUCCUUCUCCACUCAAGGAGGAGACUCCUUAAGAUCCAAGACAAGCCAACUGCUCCUUACCACAGCGUGGAGUCUGCAUUUCCUGCACUACCAGCCUCUCUGUUUUCCUUCCAGCUACGGGAACGGGGCAGGAAGAGGCUGUUCCUGCUGCGUGGCUCGCUGCUGAUCCCGUGGCUUAAGUCCAGCACCUGCCUGUGAGGAGUCAGCAGGUCCCUUCUCCUCACUGCCUUCCCUCAGCAUGGAUACCUGGCGCAGAGGGUCCAUCAAGUCCACCACGUUCUUCAGACGUUUCUCCCUCAGGAGGCACAAAAAGCUGGGCAACCAAGUCAUCAUCCUGAACCAGAACAGCCACACUCUGGACACUGACGGCCAGAAGAGGGAAGGCUUGAGGGAUCUGAAGGACAAGUCUGAUUACCUGUCGUGCCAGAGCGAGCAGAACCUGGCCAAGGCACAAGCCCCUCCCAAGCCUCCCCGGCUGUACCUGGACAGUUCCAGCUGCCCCAACAUCAUCGACCACACCGACUCCCACUCCGAUAUCUCCUUUUCCGACGCUGCUCAGUACCACAAAGGCACUCAAACGCACAAGGACCAGGCUACAGACCACGGGACCUCAGAGGCAGGUUCCCAGAACGGCACCACUCUUCCCGACCUGGCUGACCCCUUCCUGUCCUUCAAAGUGGAUUUGGGGCUAUCGCUCCUCGAGGACGUCCUGCAGACCCUCAGGAAACAGAACCCAAGAGAUUAUGCCAUCUGAAGGUAUUUAUCAUUCACCACAUCCCAUUUACCCGAUGCUGCUGCCGGUCCCUCUGAUCCCAGCAGGAGGAAGGAUGCUGGAGCAUGCCUGUCGUGUGUGGCCUGUUUUGUUGUCCUCACCCACCACAGACCAUCCCUGUCCUUGCCAAGGAAUCCUCUGGAGCAGAGCUCAGGUGAGAGCACUGUUUCCACUCUUCACCCUGGGAAUCUCCCACUCGGGACUGUGUGUCUCCUCCUCAGGGAAGAACGGCAUCGUUUGGGAAAGACUUGUUAUUUUGGGGAUGUGGCUGUGACACUGCGGGGCAGGGACACACAGGGACUUGGCAUGGAUCCCUUGUGGGACAGCAGGCAGCCUGCAAGGAGACAGCAGCACUGCACCUUAAAGCCACAGGUGUGGCAAGGGCCGAGAGACGGGAACUGGGGGUUCUUCUCCCACCGUGUCUGGAUGUGAAAAAUCAAAGCUGUUCCUCCUUUUUUUUUUUUUUUUUUCUUCCUCCUUGUGGGUUUCUUUUCCCCCAGCUCCAGUGCAGCUGGCACUCCCAGCCUGGAAACAGGUAAGCAUCCACUCGUGCUCGUGAUAGAGCACCAGCAGUGGGUUUAUCCUCCUGGCAGGGGAGAGGAGAUGUCUCCACACACUGCUGCCUCACGCAUGCACUGAGCUCCCAGCUGUACAGACAUGGAAGAAUAAAUGUAUUUGUGACUGGAA